AGUGUUUUGAUUCGUGCUGAAAGGAAAAUGGAUUUCCAGAAAAAACCCCGUCGUUUGGUAGAAAUCCACCCCGAGGUGGAAAAUCUUGAAAGCCUCUAUCCCACCAAUGUCAGCAUGUAUCGUCUGCCUCCCACAUCGGAAGUGAGUAUCCAAGAAUUUGAGGAAAUGGUGUUGGACAGGCUGCGUCUCCUCAGAAUCCUAGAAUUGAGUUCUCUCAAGGAGUUCAAGUCUCACAGCCAAGAGUGGCGGAACUUUGUGAUGACGGAAUUGAAUGUGGCCGGCCUCAAGGGAUACGUGAAAUUGAUUCAAGGCGGUUCCGGACAGAAAGAAAGUGUUCUUCAAGCUCGUCGUCGAGAUUACAUCUCACAUUUUCUGUUACGACUGGCAUACUGUCGUUCUCAGGAUCUGCGGAAGUGGUUCAUGGCACGUGAAACUGAACUAUUCAAGCUGAAGUUCUCUCAUCUCAGUCCGGAUGGGGUGGCCGAGGUCCUCAAAGUCCACAAUCUCCAUUACUACGAAGUGUCAGCCAAGGAGAAGGAUCACUUCAAGGCCUCCAUAGCAGCUUGCACGUUCUACGGGAGUGUGUCUUCUGUGGAGAAUGGGAAGUACUUCAAAGUGCCUUUCACCAGUGUGCCAGAUCUGUUCAACACUGGCAGAUGCUAUCUGCACAGAGGAGCGGCUUUUGUCAGUGCCUUGGACAUCGGUUCAGUCGUCGCGACAGACUUCAAGAAAGUGUUGGAGGAUGGUUUGAUGGCAGUCGCCGAAAUAACUUCCGAGGUUGACAAUGACGAAAGAGUGUACAACAUUAUUCGGAACCUCCACAAGUCCUACAUAGGGAAGGAUUAUGCCACUGGAGCGGCAGGAAAUGUAUCCAUUCACCAGAUCGAUGAUCUCUCCAAGAAGUCUUUUCCACUCUGCAUGAGGGUCAUGCACGAACACCUCCGAUCAACGCACACCAUGAAGCACGACGGCCGGCUGCAGUACGGCUUGUUCCUUAAAGCCAUCGGGAUGACAUUGGAGGACGCCUUGCGCUUCUGGGAAGAUGAAUUCACACGUGUGAUCACAGCUGAAGCCUUUCAGAAAAAUUACCGGUACAACAUUCGCUACAAUUAUGGCAAGGAGGGCAGUCGCAGGAAUUUCACGGCCUACGGAUGCAGCAAGAUUAUGAACACACUGCCUAUUGCGCCUCAAGUGCAUGGCUGUCCAUUCCGAAAUCUCAAGGAGAGUCGCUUGAGGGAGAAACUACUGUCCUAUGGCGUCUCUCGUUCCCACACCGAAGAGAUCACAGGCAUUGCCCGCUCUGGGAACUUCCAGGAAGCCUGCAAGCGUUACUUCGAGAUCUCCCACGAUGUUCAGCUCGCGAUGAGCUUCAGUCAUCCCAACAAGUACUUCGAGGACAGUCAGAAUAUCAUCAGAAGCCGGAAGCAGGGGAAAUCUGAACCCGUGAAAGUGAAGACAGAGGCUGAGAAGCUCAUGGACGACGAUGAGAAACUCUGGGAAGAUCCAAGCAAAGAGGCUGAAGUGAACCUCCCAGAUCCGCUGAUGACACAGACUCAAGACUUGGCAGCAUUAUCCAUGGAUUGGGAUGCUACUUUCUGA